CUCCUCUGCGGCCACGACUCCGGGGGUGGGGAAACAGAUCGCCAGUUUCUUUCCCUCAGAAGCCUUAACGCUGGGUUUUCACAACUCUGGGAAGGGGUGAGACCAAAGUAGUCAGACCCCCCAGUUUCAAUUCCCAACAAGAGGUGGCUGCUCCUUACUUUGGAGGCCCGUGGUUUCAGGCUCUCUCUCUCUCUCUCUCCUCUCUCUCUCUCUCUCUCUCUCUCUCUCCACACACACACACACACACACACACACACAAAUUUUUUUCUCUCUGUCUCCCACCACUACCCUGACCAUGUCCACCGGCUCCCUCAGCGAUGUGGAGGACCUUCAAGAGGUGGAAAUGCUGGAAUGCGAAGGGCUAAAAGUGGACUCCAACAAGGAGUUUGUGACUUCCAACGAGAGCACUGAGGAGAGUUCCAACUGCGAGAACGGGUCUCCCCAGAAAGGCCGCGGCGGCCUGGGCAAGAGGAGGAAGGCGCCCGCUAAAAAGAGCCCCUUGAGCGGGGUCAGCCAGGAGGGGAAGCAGGUCCAGCGCAACGCGGCCAACGCGCGCGAGCGGGCCCGCAUGCGGGUGCUGAGCAAGGCCUUCUCCAGGCUCAAGACCACCCUACCCUGGGUGCCCCCGGACACCAAGCUCUCCAAGUUGGACACACUUAGGCUGGCGUCCAGCUACAUCGCCCAUUUGAGGCAGAUCCUGGCUAACGACAAGUAUGAGAACGGUUACAUUCACCCGGUCAACCUGACGUGGCCCUUUAUGGUGGCCGGAAAACCCGAGAAUGACCUGAAAGAAGUGGUGACCGCAAGCCGCUUAUGUGGAACCACGGCGUCCUGACCUUGGAGGUGCGAGUCUGGGAAAGGCGCGCUCCCCGGGGGAGCGGGUCCCGGGAAGGCGACCCCUGCCCUCCCUGCUCUCUGUCUCUGCUUCCCCCUCGCAAAGCUCCUCUCCCAUCCCACCCCGAGAGAACACUUGACAGCGACGAGGAGAUUCGUUUCCAAGCCGGAGGAGAUCAAUCGUACUUACAGAUUCCCAUCUAUUUAACUUUAUUAACUUCUACCGUGAAUGACUGCGAGCCUUGCUGGUCCAAGUGCAAUAUGUAAUUAUAAAUAUAUAAAUAGAUAAUAAGAGCCUAUCAAUGUGUAUCUUUUGUACAAUGUUGUAAAAUGUAGAUCAUAGAAUAGCUGACUUUGACAGUCACAUUUAUAAAGUAAUUCACUUAAAGAUAUAUAUUUUUUUCAAACAUUUUGCUACUUUCAAAAAUAAAUCCUUCUUUAUAUUGC